ACUUACCAGACCUCACUUGCUAUGUCCUCCACCCGCGGCCAUGUCUACGACUAUAUCGCCAUUGAUGUCCGUCCUAACGAUGCAGCGACCGUCUUUGGCACCGUCUCCGUCGCCAAGGACAUCCGCGUCCGAAUUGUUGCCUAUACCAUCAUUCUCGACGGCACCGUCAAGCAGAACGCCAGAUUCGACAUGCCCGCUACCGACGCCGGCGGCGUGUAUGUCCUGGCCGCCACAGACACAGAUGUAAACAAGCCUCUUGGCAACGUGUGGGCGCCAACGGUGAUGGACGUGCAUACGAGGGUUGUUUUCUUGUAUACGUACAGUCGGGACAAGGGCCAGACGUGGAUACCCAUUUCGCCGUUGGAUGUCGCCAAGUUUGUGCAGUACCCGAAGGAGGGGACCGAGAAGCCUUCAGAUGUAAUCGUGAACCUCACUCCAGCACAAGAGCAGGACACCUCAUCGGAUUACCGCAAUGUUUCGAUGACCACCGUGUCUAUGCCCGUCGGCACUCUGUAGAGAGACACACAGAAGAUAAUGCGGAGCGCUCGUGGGCUUUCUUUUUGUGUGGGCGGAAAUUAUGAGCCACAAUGUACUGUAAAGUGUAACUCGAAAGCUAGGGAAGCCGCUGUAAAUGAUACCAAGCAGAUGCGAUUAUC